AAGAAUUGGCUCAGCUCCCUUCCUCCUCCAAAACGAGCGUAUGCAUUCGAUCUCACGCCCCCUUCGCAACAAAAGUCUGGCUGUUGCACUUACAGUUUACUACGAAAGAGCCUGCUUCCUGAAGAUUUAAUAAUGAUUUUGUAUUACUUAUUUGAGAGUCUAGAUUUCAAAGCUUGCUUGUUUGUCGUUUGUUUAGUCCUGUUGCUUAUAAGUAUAAGCAAAACUAAGAAUCCAACGAAUCUUCCACCAGGACCCUGGGCGCUACCCUUCCUGGGAAACGUCUUCACUGAUGUUAACUACAAAUCCGUGGACCAGCUGAUUGCGAAGUACGGAAACAUCUUUAGCUUGAGAUAUAGAAGUGACAAGAUUGUUUAUGUGUCUGGAUAUAAAAUGGUGAAGGAGGUUUUGAUCACUCAGGGUGAAAACUUCAUCAGCCGUCCCAUUUCUCCUCUAUUUGAUUCGCUUUAUAAAGGCCAAGGAAUAUCCUUUAACAAUGGCUACUCGUGGAGGAAGCAACAGCAGUUUGCUAUGAGUCAUCUAAAAAACUUUGGAGAAGGGAAAAAAACUCUGGAAGAACAUUUGCAGCGAGAAUGCUACUUCCUGAGUGCAGCCUUUAAAGAAGAGCAAGGUUACCCGUUCGACCCUCUGGUCAAAAUCAACAAUGCAGUUGCCAAUGUUAUCGGUACCCUUGUGUUUGGUCAUCGCUAUGAGUACGAUGAUGUUGAUUUCCAGAAAUGUCUACGUAAGAGCGCAGAGUCUGUGUUUCUGACAGGAUCUGUUUGCUACCAGCUUUAUGAAGCCUUUCCCAGUAUAAUGAAGUGGUUACCAGGAUCUCAUCAAACAAUCAUCUCAAACUAUAAAGAUUUAGCACUGUUCCUGAAAGAAAAGGUCGAGCAGCACAAAUCAGAGUGGGUCAAUGAUAAUCCUAAAGAUUAUAUUGACGCGUACCUUUCCGAAAUAGAGAAGAGAAAGAAUGAUAUUGACGCGGGGUUUACAAUGAGUAGUCUGGUGUGGUGCAUGGUCGACCUGUUUGAAGGCGGAACAGAAACAACAACCAACAUUCUCCGAUGGGUUUUGCUUUACCUCAUUAAGUACUCCGAUGUUCAAGAGAAGCUUCAUGCAGAGAUAGAGCAGGUGAUUGGCUCCCGUUUACCGACUGCGGCAGAUAAAGCAAACAUGCCUUAUACCAACGCUGUCAUCCAUGAGGUCUUAAGGAAAGCAAACCUUGUGCCGCUUAAUAUGUCUCGAGUUGCAAGACAGGACACAACUUUGGGUGGCUACUUUAUACCAAAGGGGACUGUAAUGAUCACUAAUCUGACAUCAGUGCUGUUUGAUAAACAUGAAUGGGAAUCACCAGACACCUUCAACCCUGGACACUUUCUAGACUCUGAGGGCCAGUUCCGCAGGAGGAAUGCUUUUUUUGCCUUCUCAGCAGGCAAAAGGCAGUGUCCUGGUGAGUACCUAGCUCACAUCGAGCUCUUCAUCAUAUUGACCAUCCUCCUGCAGACCUUCAAGUUCAGUCCUCCACCUGGUGAAGAGGCCAGUCUGGAGAGUGUGGUGGGCUUCACACAAGCACCACUUCCAUACAAAUUCUGUGCUCACCUGAGAUGAAUGACAUGGACUCCAGGCCCACAGGACAUGAACAUUUCAAUAUACAUUGUCUAACAAUUUGAACAGGUUGGGCAUUAUACAUAUACAUGUAAUAUCAUGUUUCUUGUAUAAGAUAUACACUUAAGAUAUAUACACUUGCUAAACAGGUUUUUUUAAACCUUUGUCUCUAACCCCUGCGCCCAAUUUCCAUCGUCUGGUUUACAGUGUAUCAUGAGGUAGAAUACUCACAAUACAUAACACACAGUAUUGUAUGUGUAUGUGACAAAUAAAAGACUUUGGCUUUU